CUCGCAUUAAAAACAAAGUGCGUGGCUGCUCAAUCAAAAUUCCAAUAAAAAAUUGAUUAGAUUAUAAAGUCUAGUGCAGUGAAAUUAAUUGUGAAAGUGCAUUACAGUGAAAUAAAAUGGCUACGAAUCUGCGCGUUGCAAUAAUUGGUCAGAGCAACUUUGCUGCGGAUGUGCUGGAGCUGCUGCUGGAGCGUCCGCAUGUGCAGGUUGUGGGUGUGUUCACCAUACCCGACAAGGGCAGUCGCGAGGACAUCUUGGCCAGCACGGCAGCCAGUCAGGGCAUACCGGUGUUCAAGUUCGCCAGCUGGCGACGCAAGGGCGUGGCGCUGCCCGAAGUGCUGGAGCAGUACAGAUCCGUGGGAGCGACGCUUAAUGUGCUGCCCUACUGCUCACAAUUUAUACCCAUGGAGGUGAUUGAUGGCGCCGCUCUGGGCAGCAUUUGCUAUCAUCCAUCGAUAUUGCCGCUGCAUCGUGGAGCGAGCGCAAUCAGCUGGACGCUCAUUGAGGGCGAUGAGGUCGCUGGCUUUAGCAUCUUUUGGGCUGACGAUGGACUGGACACGGGUCCGCUGCUGCUGCAGCGUCAGUGCAAUGUGGAGCCCACAGAUACGCUGGACAGCAUCUACAAGCGCUUCUUGUAUCCCGAGGGUGUUAAAGCAAUGGGCGUGGCUGUGGAUAUGGUAGCCAAUGGCACAGCGCCGAAGAUUACACAAACCGAAGUGGGCGCCAGCUAUGAUGCAGCCAUGUUCAAGGCAGAGAAUCAGCUGCUGAAUCUGCAGCAGUCGGCGGCGCGCAUUUGGCAAUUUGUGCGUGGACUGGACUCUGUGCCAGGUGCCAUUGCUGUGGUGCAGCAUGCUGAUGGCGUGGAGGAGCAGGUGCGCUUCUUUGGCGCGCAUCUGUACUCAGCGGGACCGCUGAAGUCGUGCAAGCCGCUGCAGCUGCAGGGUCUGGCCAAGCCCGCCUGGGUGCAUGACUCGGGACUGCUCAUCGAGGGCAGCGAUGGCGCCUUUGUUAACAUACGCCGCAUUAAGCGCGGCAGCAAGAUGAUCAAUGCCUGCGAUUGGUUCAAGCAGGCGCAGCACAAGCCCAUCACAGACUUUAGCGAGGAUGAGCUGGCCAAGCGGCAGCUGUUGAGUGGCAUAUGGCAGGCUAUACUCAAGCAGCCAAUUGAGGCAAGCACAGAUUUCUUUGCUGCUGGCGCUGGCUCCAUGGAUGUUGUGCGUCUAGUGGAGGAAGUCAAAGAAGCAUUCGAUGUGCCGCUGGAGAACGAGCAAGUGUUCAUGGCGCCAGUGUUUGAGGAGUUCUUCGAGCUGCUUGUGCUAAGUUUGCGCCAGGGCAGCGGCUUGACUGGCGGUCAGCAGCUGGAGUAUGAAGGCUUCACGCUCAAUGCCAACAAGCGUCAAAUACGCGUGCCCACGCAACUCUUCAUCAAUGGACAGUUUGUGCCAGCGCAGGGCAACAAAACGCUGGACAUUGUGAAUCCCAGUGAUGAGCAGCUGCUCUGCCAGGUGAGCUGUGCCAGCGCGCAGGAUGUGGACAAGGCAGUGCAGUCGGCGCAUGACGCUUUCUAUGGCGCCUGGCGUCAGGUCUCGCCCAGGCAGCGUGGGCUGCUCAUGCUGCGACUCGCAGAGCUGAUGGAGCAGCACAAGGAGGAGCUGGCCACCAUUGAGUCGGUGGACUCGGGCGCAGUCUACACGCUCGCGCUAAAGACACACAUAGGCAUGUCCAUUGAUGCUUGGCGCUACUUUGGCGGCUGGUGCGACAAGAUUCAGGGCAGCACCAUACCCGUGAAUCCAGCGCGUCCCAAUAAUGUUUUGACUUUCACGCGCAAGGAGCCCAUUGGCGUGUGUGGCCUGGUCACACCCUGGAACUAUCCGCUGAUGAUGCUGUCCUGGAAAAUGGCCGCCUGCAUUGCCGCUGGCAACACCUGCCUGAUCAAGCCCGCGCAGACUUGUCCGCUGACUGCGCUCAAGUUCGCCGAGCUCACAGUCAAGGCGGGCUUCCCACCUGGCGUCAUCAAUGUGCUGCCCGGUCAGGGCUCUGUCGCCGGUCAGGCCAUAGCAGAUCACACGCUGGUGCGCAAACUCGGCUUCACCGGCUCCACGCCCAUUGGGCAGCAUAUAAUGAAGUCCUGCGCUGACUCCAAUCUCAAGAAGUGCUCGCUGGAGUUGGGCGGCAAGAGUCCGCUCAUUAUCUUUGCCGACUGUGAUCUGGACAAGGCCGUCAAGCAUGGCAUGUCCUCGGUGUUCUUCAACAAGGGCGAGAACUGCAUUGCCGCUGGUCGUCUCUUUGUCGAGGAUCGCAUCCACGAUGAGUUUGUGCGUCGCGUGCUCAAAGAUCUGCGCACCAUGGCCAUAGGCGAUCCACUCAAUCGCUCCACUGCGCACGGACCGCAGAACCACAAGGCGCACUUCGACAAGCUGCUCGAGUUCUGCGAACGCGGCGUCAAGGAGGGCGCGACGCUCGUCUAUGGCGGCUGCCGUGUGCCCAACAUGAAGGGCUAUUUCUUUACGCCCACUGUGUUCACAGAUGUGCAGGAUCAUAUGUUCAUUGCACAUGAGGAGUCCUUUGGCCCUAUUAUGAUCAUCUCCAAGUUCAAUGGCAGCGACAUCGACUCGGUCAUGCAGCGCGCCAAUCGCACGGAGUACGGCCUGGCCAGCGGCGUCUUCACCAAGGACAUUAGCAAGGCGCUCAACUUUGCGGAUCGCAUUGAGGCGGGCACAGUGUUUGUCAAUGUUUACAACAAAACGGAUGUGGCUGCGCCCUUUGGCGGCUUCAAGCAGAGCGGCUUUGGCAAGGAUCUGGGCCAGGAGGCGCUCAACGAGUAUCUGAAGACCAAAUGCGUUACCAUUGAAUACUGAAAAGACUUGAAACACUUAACUUACUUACACUUAAAUGCUUAACUUUAAUAAAAGUAUCAACAGUUACGUAUACUUAAUAUGCGUAUCGCCUUAAAAUGUUAUUAAAAGCAUACAGUAUCUACUACUACUGUACAGUUAGAAUAGAAAGAAAGACAGUUAGCAUUACUCAGUAGCCAUUUAUUGUUAUUCAAUUAUUUAAAAUUUGCCAUGAGUCAGUCAAGUUC